CUCAUAUCCUCUUUCUUCAAAUUCAAAAUUAAAAUAAUGUUGGUCAUGUCACGAUUUGAUUUUUCUUCUGACAAUAGUAACAGUACUAUGCCAGCCAAUUAUUCAACAGAUAUAACAUCAACUAAUGCUACUUAUGAUUCCUUGCCCGAACCUAGAUCCAUAGUUCAGUCAUCAUCAUCUUCUCACAUCGAUCAUCAGUUUCCUUGGUUCGCUCCAACCCCGCCACCACCACCACCGCCACCUUAUCCCAUAGUAGCAGCAGCAGCAGCAGCAGCAGCUUGUAAUUUUCCGUUUGAUGCCAAUAUGACCUCUCCUACAGAAUCAUCAUCAUUAUCAUCACCAUCUAGUUUUCCAUUUUCCUAUUUACCACCGCCACCGCAACUAUUAGAACCAUUAUGUACAUCUCCAUUAUCUAUACCAGAACGGCAGUUUAAAGGUCAUCGUCAACGUGAGCGGCGAUCAAGAAAGGCAGCUCAUGAAUUGUUAACUGAAGCAGAGAAAAAAGCGAAUCAUAUUGCAUCUGAACAAAAGAGACGUCAAAAUAUUCGAAUGGGUUUUGAUUCAUUGAUUGAGGUUGUACCUACUCUCAGUCGGGGUAAUAGAAGUGAAGGUUUGAUCUUGCAAAAAUCCAUUGAGCACAUUCAACAUUUGGUGACAAUGAAGCAUGACCUUAAAAAUCAAGUGCGGGAUCUUCAAACCAUUCUUGGUGAUCCAAAUUAUGAAGAAGAUUCAUCCGAUGAUGACCAGUUUUACAAAUGAGUCAAAAGAUAGAACGAUUCCCUUUGCUUAUACAUAUAUAUAUACUAUUAUUAUUAUUUAUAAACUGCAAUGUGAUGGUUUGCUGGGCAAAUCAAUCAUAUAUUCAUUCAAUCAUCAUCAUCCAUUCUUUGAUUAUUUACUCAUAUUUUAUAUAAAAUCGAUAAAAGUACUCAAAAACAGUGCCACCAAAGUUUAUAUAGCACAAUGUAUUAAUGUUUUUAUUAGAAAUUUUACAAACAGAUACUUUUUAAUUUUCGGUGCGUGAACAAGCAAGAAUCAACCAUCAAU